AGUGAGAAGGUGUCGCAAAGCAGUCUAAAAUAAGGAGCAGGCAUGAUUUACAUUGGUGACAGACUCUGGGGGCUGGGCAGAGAAGGAAGCAGAAGGGGCCAAGAGUAAAAGCAGGAUCAGUUGUGAGGCCACUGCCCGAGGACGGAUGUGGCCAGCAGCAAGAAGAAGGCGGGGUUGGCGAGGGAGAGCCCUGGAUGGAUUGCAGAGGGACGGAGGUCGGACUGGCACGAUUUAUGGCGGGGCUUGGAUGAGUGACGCAAGCGAGCAGAAGUCAAGCAGGACUCCCAGGUGGGAUAGUAACACCUCUAGGAGAAAGAAAAUUGGCUCCCUCUCUUGAAAGUGGCGAGUGUACUGCAGGCGGCUGCAUGGGGGGAACAGUAAUCAGAUGGCUACCUUCUACGUUUUGUGCUAGGAAACAAAAUCAGUUAUAGGAAUCCAUGUUGAUCUUGGAAGUAGAAGGAUUUAAAAAAGUGAAGUUUGCACAAAAAACACAUACUUUGCCAACUCCCUUUUGAUCUGAAGACUGGGGGACAAUGGAUAUUAUAGAGACAGCAAAACUUGAAGAACAUAUGGAAAAUCAAACCAAUGAUCCUGCAAGUACUUACACAAGACCUGCCGAGCCUGUUGAAGAAGAAAACAAAAAUGGCAACAGUAAACCGAAGAGCUUAUCCAAUGGGUUGCGAAAGGGCACCAAAAAGUACCCGGACUAUAUCCAGAUUGCUAUGCCCACUGAAUCCAGGAACAAAUUUCCCCUGGAGUGGUGGAAAACAGGCAUUGCCUUCGUGUACGCCCUUUUCAACCUCGUCCUAACCACCGUCAUGAUCACAGUUGUACACGAAAGGGUGCCUCCCAAGGAGCUCAGCCCCCCACUACCAGACAAGUUUUUUGAUUACAUUGAUCGGGUAAAAUGGGCAUUUUCUGUAUCAGAAAUAAAUGGGAUUAUAUUGGUUGGAUUAUGGAUCACCCAGUGGCUGUUUCUAAGAUACAAGUCAAUAGUGGGACGCAGAUUCUUUUUUAUCAUUGGAACUUUAUACCUGUACCGCUGUAUUACAAUGUACGUCACCACUCUGCCUGUGCCUGGGAUGCAUUUCCAGUGCGCCCCGAAGGUGAGCGCCUCUGAGCUAUCAUGUAGAGGAGACGAAAACACUUCGGGAACACCUGCUCGCUGUAUGGCAGGUUCUUCAGACACUCUUAGAGCUCUCAACGGAGACUCUCAGGCAAAAAUACAACGGAUUCUGCGAUUGAUUUCUGGUGGUGGAUUGUCCAUAACUGGAUCCCAUAUCUUGUGUGGAGACUUCCUCUUCAGCGGUCACACCGUUGUGCUGACACUUACUUAUUUGUUCAUCAAAGAAUAUUCACCUCGUCACUUCUGGUGGUAUCAUUUAAUCUGCUGGCUACUGAGUGCCGCUGGGAUCAUCUGCAUUCUUGUAGCGCACGAACACUAUACCGUCGAUGUGAUCAUUGCUUAUUAUAUUACAACACGGCUGUUUUGGUGGUACCAUUCAAUGGCCAAUGAAAAGAACUUGAAGGUCUCUUCACAGACGAAUUUCUUGUCUCGAGCAUGGUGGUUCCCCAUCUUUUAUUUUUUCGAGAAAAACGUACAAGGCUCAAUUCCUUGCUGCUUCUCCUGGCCACUCUCCUGGCCCCCUGGCUGCUUUAAAUCUUCAUGCAAAAAGUAUUCACGGGUUCAGAAGAUCGGUGAAGAUAAUGAGAAAUCUACCUGAGGAGCAAAACAAAGGCAUCAGCUCUUAUACCAAAAGAGUUAACGCUGUAACCAAAGGUAUAGUUUUGGGUUUUUAUUUUAGAAGACCUGACUGGUAAAUGAAGAAGUGGACCAAAUUUCGUGUAAAUGAGUAGAAAGAUGAAUGAAGUAUUACCCUUUGACUGUUUUUUUAUUCAUCCUGAGAAAGGUAUAUGCUCCUGCAGCUCUUCAUUCAUUGGUGACAAGCCCCCAAACUGGGAUUUUACUAAUGAGCUUGUUAAAGAGGUGCCAAAGAACCUACUAUUCCUUCUCCUUAUUCUUUAUCCACUAAAGCCCUCUACAGAAUUUCUUCAGGAUUUUUUUUCCCUCCAACAUCAGAAGAAUUUGUUAAUGUUUUAAAUAAAAUAUCUGGAUAUAUACAGCUACUGUGUAAAUAGAAUAACCUAAUGUUGAGAGUGGUUUUAGCAUUAGGCUUAUUAAUGAGGGGGAGAUCUAUUGGUUGUAAGUAAACUUGAGGUGAACUUUGUUUCCACCUUGUCACGGGGAAGGUCAGGGUCAGGUCUGGGAAUGUGCACCUGUUGCUACCACCCACUGCACUAUGUAUCACUUCUACUUUUUUUUUUUUAAACUGAUAAUUUUCUUAAAAAAAAAAAAAAGGAAAGAUGAUCCAAUAUGGAAGUAUUUGACACAUCUCACAGAUUUUAUGCGUGUGUAAAUAUUUCACUUUAAAAUCUCUAGGACAGAUACAGAGGAAACAUGGAGCUAUUUCUGUUAAACAGGUGGUCCUUGUGUAUACAUUCAUCUGCUCUCUGCCGGGUAAAUUUGCAUCUGUGCCCCGCCCCCGCCCCCUAGGGCAGGUAGCUGCUCCAGCACAGGCUGAAAACACGCAUGUAUGUGAAUGGAUGCUCGUGCCACUUGGGGGACAAGCCUGCGUUUCUCUCCCGUCCUACCCUGUGUGAGAUCUGUUUUAGAGCGGCUAAAUCGGCUAAUCGGAACUCAGAGAUGCAGUUGGUCAUGUUUCACUGGAAACUCUUUCUUCCUAGUUACAUUGUACUUUAUGGAAAAACCAAGACGGAGUCUAAAAGUGUAAUGUAUCCUUGCCUUUUAGCAAGAGACUCAGCUUCUUAUAAAUGGGUCCUAAGGACAUAUGCCACAACUGAGUAAUUUUACUUUGAUCGUGAAAUUACACCACGGUGCUGCAUUUUCCUCUCCUGUUGGAAUCAGUCUGUUAGACAGUGACAGCGACCCAGUAAAGGGGGAGCAUCGUUUCUAAAGUUCUUUGAGGUGAUGCAAAAAGAAGAUGGAUUUUUAAAAAUCAGAUCAGAUUAAUGCUGUCAGAGUUGGUUAAUUUCUUGAGCCUUCUAGUAACUCUAAAAUGAGAUUUAUGGUUACAGAAUCAUCAACCCUAGGUCAGAAGACAGGCCCAUGAGGUAGAAGGGGGCAGUUACAUUUAUAUUGAAGGCAAAAAAGGUGAAAAUUUCCCUCCAUUUAAGAAUGAAAAAUACCCCUGAAUUUGUCAUUAUAAACUAGUUUGCUUUGAUUUGGUACACAAAAUUGACCUUCAGAUUGCUUGAGAGAAGCACAAUACAAAUCUUUUCAGAAGGGUCAUUAUUUUUGGUGCUAAAAUUCUGUGUCUGUAUUCAGAAUGGCUCUUUCUCUGAGUAACAGAAGAAUCACUAAAGGAAAGGUAGUUGAAUUCAAAGGCAGGAAAAAAGACAUUCUUCAUCCAGUUAUUUAAAAUGAGAAUGGAAAUCCUGAAUAUCCUUGGCAGACUUUGAAAUGCAAGUAGUUUUCUGGUAUUUGUUAUUAAAUAAACCAAUAAGAAAUAGAUCUAUAGUUUACCAGAUGUGCUUAAGCCAGAAUUUUGUCUUUCUUUUGCUAAAUAUUGACACUUGUGACAUUUAAGGUGUUGUGCUUGAAAACACUGAGUUUCAAUUCCUGCUGUCCGAUUAUGAGGAAAAGCAUCUGACACGGAAGCCUGGGUUUUGUGCUCCUGACGUUGGCAUAUUCCUUGAGCAUCUAAUUCAUAACCUGAUAGACCUGAGAGCCUUAUUCAGCAGUGUCUUGGAUAACCUAAUUUUCUUCAACUUAAAUAAGGAAAAGUAUUUAAGAUUUAAAAAUCAUGGUGUGUUGAUUGUUGGAGACCCUUGAAACAGUAAACCUUGCAUUUUAGUCAAGUGAUGCAGUUUUUUAAAAAAUACCAUCACCUUUUAAAGAACUAAAAACCUCUCUGACCUCACGUGUGGAGACACUAUUAUUGCUCACGUGUUCCUUACAUGUAUGUGUCACAGGUGUCUAAUAGACACAGAGGAAACAUGUGAUUUGAAAAGGAGGGAAAACACCAAAGUUUCAAGAUGGGAAAAUAAAAGAAAUAGAGAAACUCAUUUACAUUUACCAAAGCAAACUUGAGGCUUAACCUAACAUGCCCCUUUGGGAUAGAAAACUUAAAACAAUUAUGAUCUUGCCUUUGAAAUAGUGAAUUUUAGGAGCUCCUUUUCCUUGCUAAUUAUGAUACGAGAUCUUAUCCACUAUCUUUUUUUUUUUGUAAACCAGUGCUCCUGUUUGAAGCUUUUCUUGGAAUUGAGUCCUGUGCGAUAUCUAUAACAGGAUUCCCAUAAAUUAGGCAUAUUUUUUCUAAAUUCUUUCAAAUGGAAAUGGGUUCCUCUCAGAUUCUAUUUUUUGAGCUCCUCCACAGCUCUGAAAAUAAAGCAUUGCUCCUGAUUCCACCCAGAGUGAUUUUAAAUUUGUUAUUUAAUUUACUGGCAUCUUGGGAAAUAAGUUGUGCUGAGGAAGGAAGGCUGUUUUGAGCGAGCCCGGGCCCCGGUCUAGGGUAAUGAGGACCUUGCCUAAGGUUCUUUGCUGUAUAGCAGUGCCCCCUAGUGGAAUUAUGUUAUAUGACUUGGAACGCAAACUUGCCACUUUUUUAAGUAUAUUUUCAAGUUUUUAAAAGGCAUUGGUUUGGUUGUUGUUUUUUUGUUUUGUUUUUGCCAAUAAUCUGAAAGCAUCAUGCAAAAGGGAUUAUUUUAAAGGUCCUUUAAACCUUUCCCAAAGGGAAAAUGUGCUUAGAUCCCAGGAAGUUACAAUUCUAAUCCUUUAUCCAUUCGAUCAAAGAAAAUUUGCAGACCAUUUUACCUCUCAUUAUCACAAUCAUUAAUGUCUCCCUUUAUAACUACCUAUACUUUGUUUACUUUGAAACACAGGUUGGCAGUCUUUCUUAUUUUGUAUUUGUAUUUUUUUUACAUGCUAAAGCUCAUGCAGCUUUUUAAAUUAAAAGUUCACAUCUUGUUUCUUCAAUAUUUAAGCAUUUCCUUUUUAUUUGUCGUUUUUGUUUUGCACUGUAAAACUUCUUAAAAAUUUAAGCCGGUCUUAACAUACUCACUUCUGUACUGCAAGGAAGUGUGAGAAGGAAUUUCUUGAUAAUGAGUUUACAAGUUUUAAAUCGAGCAUAUUUUAAGUAAUAUGCCAUGUGUUGAAGGCUUUCCUAUUUGUAUAAAGGUUUCUGGUAUUUUUUUUUUUUAAUGUCAUUGUGUUGCAAUAAUUUAACUCCUUUGACUUACUUGCUAAAAAUAUUCUAUUAAGAAGUGCUCUUGACUUCAAUACCUAAACACUGAAAAUCAUGUCAAAGGUACCCAAAGAUAAGUUUUUAUACAGAUACACACCUUAUAAGUUCUGAUUUAUUACUCAUUAAUCUAACUAUGCUGUGUUCUAAAUGAAUCAUGAAUGAGAAUAGUUCUUUAUUAUGGAAUUAUUUAAAACUGUCCUUUAAAAGAAAAAAAAACUGUAAACAUAAGCUAAUCUAGUUGCCAAGUUGGAAUUCAUUAUUUAAUUUACCUCCUAUGCAAUGAUUAAUGCUGCAAAAUGUACGGUUAUGUUACAGUAUAUUCAUAAAAGAAAUAUUACAAGGUGUGAGAGGUAGCCUGUUGCAGUCUUUCGGAAAUUUACUGUACUGUUUCAAUGUGUUAAGUGCCUUGUUGUAAAGUAAAAUUUUAAGUCUAGAAUUCAUUAUUUUCCUGACAUAUUUUUCAUUAUAAUAUAUACUGUAUGCUAUUGUAAUAGUUUUAUUAAAUGCUUAUAUUUUAAUCAAA